AUGAGCACCUAUGCUAUUCUAGGGGCCACGGGCAAUUGUGGCAAAGCCCUCGUGCAAAAUUUACUUCAAUCUCCAUCCAAUACAAUUCACGCCUACUGCCGCAACAGAACCAAGCUAUACAAUGUCCUACCAGAGGUCAUCGACAGCAAACAAGUCAAAAUCUUCGACGGCAGCGUUCACGAUGUAUCGUUGAUAGCCGACUGCAUCCGAGGAACCCAAGCUGUCUUCCUCGUUGUCACCUGCAACGACAAUCUUCCAGGUUGCAGUCUCGCACAGGACACUGCACGCAUUGUGGUAGAGGCACUGCACCGUCUCCGUGCAGAAGAGGGCAUCACCAACUUCAAGGUGCCCAAGCUCGUCCUGCUGAGCUCGGCCACCAUCGACGACCAUCUCGCCCAUGACAUGCCGUGGUGGUUCCGCCCCGUCAUGCUGAAGGCAGCAUCUUUUGUCUACGACGACCUCCGAGUCGCCGAGACCUUCUUGCGUCAGCAGAGCGACUGGCUCCAGACGAUUUUCAUCAAGCCGGGCGGUCUCGCGGUGGACGUUGCCCAGGGACACGAGUUGAGCUUUGAUGACGAGGAAAGCUUUAUCAGCUAUUUGGAUCUAUCCGCUGGCAUGAUUGAGGCUGUUCGCGAUGAAAGCGGGAAGUAUGUUGGGAGGAAUGUUGGUGUUGUUCAUAAAGUUCGGGGGACAAGUGCAAAGUUUCCUAAGGGAACGCCGAUGGUUAUAAUCACGGGCCUGUUAAGACAUUACUUCCCAUGGCUUCAUAGAUAUCUUCCAAUGUACGGAUAGAAGUCAUAAAUAGGUAGCUUUUGCCUGCAGAUUUUCUUUCGUCCUCAAGACUUGAGUAAUUCAAGAACUUGAUUCUAUGUCUCU